AAUGCAACAAACAAAACAAACCGGUUUUGUUUGAAUCAUCGUACGGAAACAGAACAUCUAUAAAUUUUUACCAAUUAGUGUAGCUGUAGUUAUGCUUUGCAUUAUGAGGAAAAUAAUUUAAUGCUUUGGAUUCUUUUAUUGAAUGGAGUGUACAAUGUGGUUACAGUCUUUUUUAUAUAUUUUUAUAUUUAUCAAUUUGAUAAUAGCCGAUGUCGGUGACGAAUGUGUACCCAAUAACCAGAUAGCUGAUGGUAUUUGUACUCUAAUCAACAACUGUGAGGUGGCAAUAAGGUCAAUUAAAAAUAAAAAUUAUCAUUCAUUUGAAAGAUGUGGAUUUAGUGGAUAUACUGAAAUUGUAUGUUGUCCACAUACUACAGAUAAAUUUGGGCCGCAAUUACCAGAUGAUAUACAAAAUUCGCAAAGAAUAGCCGACAGAGAAUGCACCAAAAUAUUGAAAUCUAAAAUUGUUCCACUAGGACAAUAUAUAAUAGGCGGGGAUGUUUCUGCGCUCGGGGAAUUUGCACAUAUGGUGGCUCUUGGAUUUGACCGGGGCGAGGGCUAUAUAUUCGAUUGCGGCGGAGCGUUGGUGUCAAAUACGUACGCUAUCACAGCAGCGCAUUGCGUCGUUACUAAAGACAUGAUUGAACCCAGUAUCGUUCGUGGGGGCGUUGUAGAAAUUGGUGGCAAGAAUUUUAACGAGGAAACUGAUAUUAGAAUACGAAAUGUAAUAUCGCAUCCUGAGUAUACACGUCGACAAAAGUAUCACGACAUUGCAUUAUUAAGAUUGGAGAAACCUGCAAAAUUUUCAAGCACUUUGAAUGCCAUAUGUCUAUACACAAGUGGUGAAGACCCAGACAGAGAUCUAACCAUAACAGGCUGGGGCAAGACCAGUACAUCACGUGAUGUAAGGAGUGACGUUUUGUUAAAAGCAAAAGUGUCAAUUGUGUCGCGGGAAAAAUGUAGUAAGAAUUACACGUCAGAUAAAUGGCGAAAACUGCCAAAUGGAAUCACAAGUGGGCAGCUGUGUGCCGGCGACACAGAAGGUCUACACGAUACCUGCCAGGGUGAUUCUGGCGGACCGCUGCAAUUAACCGAACCUAUCUAUCGUUUAGUAGGCAUUACGUCUUUUGGAUCUGGUUGCGGCACGCCUGUGCCUGGAGUGUACACACGAAUAUCUCAUUAUUUAGAUUGGAUAGAGAGUAUUGUCUGCACAAUAACAGCAAAUCGAUGCCAAUAGAGCGGUCUCUACUAUGUCACUACUACUCCAAGACGAAGGUAAACUACAGUUAUUCGUCAACCAUGUAUCAUCGCAUGUAUAUACAUAUAUCAGCGAAAAUAAAACGUACUCUGAAGCAAUGGCGGUAUUAAAUGCAUUGUAUAUAAGGCCUAAGAAUAUUAUAUACGCUAGGCAUGUGCUUCCUUCUAGAAAACAACGUACAGAGGAAUCCAUUGAUGUAUAUAUGCAAGCUUUAAAACAACUAUCUAAAGACUGCGAAUUCGUUGCUAUAGAUGCGGAAACUAAUAAGAAUGAGAGCAUAAGAGAUGCUUUUAUUUCUGGUAUCUCUUCAAGCAAAAUAAGACAAAGGCUGUUUGAAAAUUUGACUUUCACUUAGCGAAGCAUGUAACCAAGCACUCUGAUUGGAGAUGGCUGAAACAAAUUCCCAGAGUUUUAACAUGCCAACAAUUAACGUGAUUAAAAAUUCAGAAUCAAAUAUCAAAAC